AGAGGUGCCUGUGUUCCCUCUUCUAAUAAGUAGGAAUAUAUAUAUAUAUAUAUAUAUUCUGUGCACAAAACCAACAACAAAAUCAAAGUUCUCUCUUUUUUGUAUACCAAUAAUUAUUAUAGACACCCUUUUAGUUUCUUGAUUUUCGUCACCACUAUUUAUUUAAGUAAAAUAUGAAGAUGAGCAGUAGCAAUUUGGGAAGUUCAAAGAGGAAGCUAAUUUCAAGCAGAGGGCUCGGAGGAGUUCUUAGGCAGCAGAGAGCCAGGCUUUACAUAAUCAAGAGAUGUGUGGUCAUGCUCCUUUGUUGGCAUGAUUGAAUUAAAUUAAUUAAACUCCACAUAACCCUUUCAACAAAAUUGGGUUAUGGGAUUUGUCCAUAGUCUUUUUAUUCUUCUUUUUUCUCCCCACUUCUUGGAGUUGUAUAGAGAGUAGCCUAUAUUAGGUAGCAGUAAAAAGGCAUUUAGCAAUUUUGUACUAAAUUUAGGCCCUAGUGGUC